AUGGUGUCCACAACAAGAGGAACUCUCUCGAGAGCCGCGGCGGAGAAGGCGGAAGGAAAGAAACCGGUGACAGAGGAAGGCUCAGGCAGUAGGAAAAGCGGAUCCGAGGUCAUGAAGAGCAAGGACUACGCCGAGAUCUUCGACCAGAUGUCUUUCGUCUUUUGGAGCAUUAUGGAGCAUAUGGGACACAAGGAGCAUGGAGGGACUUGGCGCAUGGAAGCAGCUCAACUGGAUACGCAAAGGAAGAAGGGAGAAGUCAUCUUGAAGACCAGCUCGACCGUCCACUCGACCGGCCAAGCUUCAACUCGAUCGAGCUGGGAAGUCAAAGUCAAACCCGAAAAAUGUUGCUUCCCCCUUGACUUCCCUUUGACCCUAAACCUAAUCCUCUUUGUAUUUAAAGGCUCUUAG